AUGAGGCCGAUGAACUGGAGCACUUGGUGACAUCGCGCACAGAAUCCGUGAACAUCGACCACCCGAACCACGUCGUAACUGUGACCACCAUUAGUGACCUGGACCUCUCAGGGGCACGCCAGCUGGGACUGACCACCCCUGUGGGAAAAAAUGAUGGGUCAGAAGAAGAGAAAGGGGAAGAGGUGGCGAGCAAGCCUGUAAGAACAAUGCCAAAGAAAUCCAGAAAUCCCUUGCUGUCUGAAAAGAUCUCUUCUCUUACUGCCACGCUGCACAUGCACAGCCGAAAAAAGACGAGAGGAAAGAGACUCCAACGUGGGCAAGGCCUGCGCAAGAAAAUCCAGAAAUGCAGCAAGGGGCGAACCACCAAGACUCAGCGGCGGCGGCUGACGGGCAAAAUGGGCCGCGACCAAGAUUAA